AGGUCCCGGGAGUCGGUGCGGGCGCUGCAGGCCCCUCCCUGCGGAGCCGCGGGUCCGGGCGGGGAUGAGACGGCGGGCGCCGCGGGCCUGCCUGGCGCAUCGUGUCGGCUCACGUGUCCUCGCCCCAGCCCGCACCAUGGCCAGGUCCGGCUGCGCGUGGGGCGCCGAGCCGCCGCGCUUCCUGGAGGCCUUCGGGCGGCUGUGGCAGGUACAGAGCCGCCUAGGCAGCGGCUCCUCGGCCUCGGUGUACCGGGUGCGCUGCUGCGGCACUCCAGGCUCGCCCCCCGGCGCCCUCAAGCAGUUCCUGCCUCCGGGAACCACCGGGGCUGCCGUCUCGGCUGCGGAGUAUGGUUUCCGAAAAGAGAGGGCAGCGCUGGAGCAGUUGCAGGGUCACAGGAACAUCGUGACUUUAUACGGAGUCUUUACCAUACACUUCUCUCCAAAUGUGCCAUCACGCUGUCUGUUGCUUGAACUCCUGGAUGUCAGCGUUUCGGAAUUGCUUGUAUAUUCCAGUCACCAGGGUUGCUCCAUGUGGAUGAUACAGCACUGUGCCAGAGAUGUUCUGGAGGCCCUUGCUUUUCUUCACCAUGAGGGCUAUGUCCAUGCAGACCUCAAACCACGAAACAUCCUGUGGAGUGCGGAGAACGAGUGCUUUAAGCUUAUUGACUUUGGACUCAGCUUCAAAGAAGGCAAUCAGGACGUGAAGUAUAUUCAGACAGACGGGUAUCGAGCUCCUGAAGCAGAACUGCAGAAUUGCUUGGCCCAGGCCGGCCUGCAGAGUGAUACAGAGUGUACCUCAGCUGUUGAUCUCUGGAGCCUUGGAAUCAUUUUACUGGAAAUGUUCUCAGGAAUGAAACUGAAACAUACAGUCAGAUCUCAGGAGUGGAAGGCAAACAGUUCUGCUAUUAUUGAUCAUAUAUUUGCCAGUAAAGCAGUGGUGAAUGCCGCAAUUCCAGCCUAUCACCUCAGAGACCUUAUCAAAAGCAUGCUUCAUGACGACCCAAGCAGAAGGAUCCCUGCUGAGAUGGCCUGGUGCAGCCCAUUCUUUAGCAUUCCUUUUGCCCCUCAUAUUGAAGAUCUGGUGAUGCUUCCAACUCCAGUGCUCAGACUCCUCAAUGUGCUGGAUGAUGACUAUCUUGAAAAUGAAGAUGAAUAUGAAGAUGUUGUAGAAGAUGUAAAAGAAGAGUGUCAGAAAUAUGGACCAGUGGUUUCUCUGCUUGUUCCAAAGGAAAAUCCUGGCAGAGGACAAGUCUUUGUUGAGUACGCAAACGCUGGAGAUUCCAAAGCUGCUCAGAAAUUGCUGACUGGGAGGAUGUUUGACGGGAAGUUUGUUGUGGCUACAUUCUACCCGCUGAGUGCCUACAAGAGGGGAUAUCUUUAUCAAACCUUGCUUUAAUCAGUAACCUAAGGACUAUUUCCUGUUUCUCCUCUUCCAUUUCUUGGAUUAUUAUAUUCCACAGCUGAAUGCAGGAGCACCCUCUCCCCAUUUUAAAGGGUACUUGUACAUUUAUUAUCCUACCAAUGUGCAGCCUUUGCCCAAACAGUGACCACAUUGCAAACACGGCACUGAGUAGGACAAGACCUCUCAGCUAUACAUUGAGGGGGUUAGAGCACCCAUGUGGGCACCCUUUAUUUGUGCAGUAGGGUGGGUGCUGCUCUUUACUAUGUAACCUAAAAAGAUGUCAUUUCAUGUGCUGAUGAAGCAAAGAUGAGUCAUUUGUCAUAGUGAAUAUUAUUAACAAGUCUGUUAGGGCUGGUGACAUCACAGAAUAUUUGUUUGUAUUGUCAGGUGUAUCUCCUUGUUAUUCUAGCUGGCACUGGAUGCUCUAAUAAUGUUAAGUCAUUGUCAAGCAACAGUUACCUACCGUGUUCUUAACAAUGAGUUGUGAAUUUUUCUAAAGGAGUGCUGUAGGACUUAAUAUUCCUCUGAAGAAACUGCAGUGAGCCUAUCAAUGUUUUUAAAAUUACUAUUAAGGCUUUUAAAAUAGAAAGCUGAUGCUUGAUCUUGCACAA